AUGGUUUCGGACCAUAUUCCGUUCCGUGCGGAAGCCUACGAGAUGGGGCAGCUACGCUUAGGACGCGCGUGGCUUGACUGCAGGCGGCGGGGACAAAAGAGUGAGGGGCAGUCCUAUCCGGGGACAGAGUGGGGAAGACGGGGGAUAGGGAGAACGGGGUGCAAGUGGAAAGCGAAGGUCUUUUGGGUUUGGUUGCUGGGCGAAGGCUGCAGGCGAGGGCAGCAUGUGGUGACUUUGUAACCCUGUUGCCGCCCUGGAGAGAACCUUGCGGUUGAAGUGGUCGCAAAGACGCUAUUCACUCACAUGAGUGAUGUGGAUUCAUUUCACUGCUUGCCCAGCGCUUCGCGGAUGCCAUCUCAGCGAUUUUUGGUUCCAAAUUGCACAACAGGACACGCGUGUUGCUUCGCUUCCAUGCCAACUGCAGAUUGUGAACGAAUGUAAGUGGCUGGUGAGAGGAGCCAGUUUCGAACCAGAGACGGCUUGCAGCUGUACAUUUUGGUUGAAGCUGUCUUCCAAAUUGGGAGAACAGGUUGAGAAGACACAUUCUCUCAACAAAGCCAUUGGACUGGAAGGCACCUGCAGUUUAAAGUCUCACACGAUCGCGUCGAGAGCUUUGGACUCGACAACAUCAUCUACCGUUUCAAGCUCGUCAGGCCCACGACUCUUCGACGAUCAGCACCGGCUUGCCGCGGAGAGGCAACGAGCCUCGGUCUAAGAUGGAUUUGACGCCGGGCGAUGGUCGCGAACGCUUGGCUGCUCUCCUGUCCCCCAACCAUGGAUGCGGGCAGAAGCCUUAGUCCGAACAUACUUCCCAGGAGAGAUACCGGCGUUUUCCGAGACUAGAGGUUUGUCCUGGGGUGAAGGGUGAAGAGAUUACCGGCAAGUGGUUAUGUGGCGCUAGCGCACUGAGCGAUGAUGCGUGGCCGGGGGUCGAGCAGGUCCCUUCCGUUGCGCAGACACUUCUCAUAUUCAACAACUCCAUUGAGGCAGUGGCGCUCGGUACUAAUGCGGAUAUGUUGGGGCUCGUGGGAGGAAGCAUGGUCGAUAAGGUGGGACUGAGUAGGCUGCUUCAGUGCCUAGGUCUUGCUUGUGCUCCAUAUCACGAGCCGGGAGUAUCGGACUUGGAGCAGGUCAGCCGUUCGCAAAGUCUGUGGCGGGCCGUUAUGGAGAUGUCCAGGCUGUGCCGAGAACGGCUCCUGAGGAAUACUACAUCGCUCACAGAGCCUGACAUGCAACAGUAUGAGCUCCUGAUACGGAAGAUCGAGACUAGCCCGUAGAAACCGUAGUUCACGUACUUAGUGCGAGAGGUGUUUCCGUCGUGUCCAGAUGAGAAAGUUGCGGAUCGGAUUGUGCUUGAAGCCAUUACAACGUCCCGUGCCGCGAUAACGGGCGACAUUCCUACCGUCGGCUGUCUCACAAUCAUUCAGGCAGCCCGGCGCGUCCAGUCCACAACGGAUGAAGCGGAGUCAUUGUAGUGGAUAACAGGAUAGAACCUCGUCUGCGAGCCGAGCUCACGCCCUAGGUGGGGGUGUUAAACGACAGCACGGUGUGCUUCCUCGGA